CUCUGGGCACAAGAAUGAGACGCAGCCACACCAACCUCGAGUUCUGCGAUGAUUCCUUAUCGGAACAAUCAACAUGGCAUUGACACGGCUGUUCAAGAGGACGACAGCCCCAAAACCGACAAAACCAGUCCAGCGCAUAUCCACGGCAUCUACGACCCAGACCCCAGGGGUAAUCACGAGCUUAAUCGCGCCGCCAGAGCCCCCUAGAACGAGCUCGACAGACUCGGUGAAAGAAGCCGGUUCCGAGUCUGAACAUACAGCCAGCGAUGGAGAUGACGAUGGUCUCGAUUCCUUUCUCACGGAGUACUCCGGGGUGUUCAGGCAAGCAAUGGUCAAGGAUGCGGCGCGAUCUUCUGAUAUUCGAGCCCGUGUCUGUCAAGUACUCCGCCAAAGACCGACAUUAACGAUCCAUCCAAAAGGAGUCGAGGAAGCAGCAAGAAUCUGGGACCCUGAGAUGAUGGCUCUAUUGCUCGAAACGCAGGGGAGGAAGGUCCAUUUGCUAAGUACGGUCAUUCAGGCUGCUGUUGCAAAUGAGCAAUCUGGAGUGGAGAUUAUGAGGAUGUUCCAAGACCGUGGUGCGCCUAUACGGAUCACACAGCAGGUGGUUGUGGCUGCCUACAGAAAUGAAGCGUGCGGGAGGGAAAUACUGAUACAGCUUCUUGAUAAUCCGAAUAUUCCCAUCGGAGCCAGAGGUGUACAGAUAAUUGCCAAGGUAUUCGAUGUGGAGCUUAUGAGGUCGUUGCUGGCAGGGAGACCCAGUAUCUGGAUCAGUGAGGGGAUUCUAGCAGGCGCCGCCCGGAAUAAGCAAGGAAGGCAGCUGCUUCAAUUGUUAUUGACACCGAGCCGGGAGGUACAAGACACGGAACGUAUUUUUGUGGCCGCAGCGAGGAAUGAAGAGUGUGGUUUGGAAAUCAUCCACUUUCUCAUCGAGUAUGGUUUGGAAAUCCCGGCAAACGAAAAGGUGUGGCAAUCUGCAGCAGGACACGAGAAAAAUGGACGAGAAAUUCUCGACCUCCUCCUUGCGCAUCAGGGGAGAGUGGUGGACAGCGAAGGAGUCAUCCUGGCGGCGGCUGCAAAUACAGAGAGUGGAAAGCGAAUCAUCGAGCUUUUGCUCGAGUAUGGUUGUUGUGAACUGGUGCUUACGGACGCUAUGAUCCUAGCGGCAACCCAUAAUACACGCGAUGGAAAAGAGAUCAUCGACCUCUUUCUCGAUCACAGCCAAAAUGACAUUCGGUUUACCGAGCGGACAGCACCGAGUUUUGUCCAAAGCUCGGUCCCUGAAUGGCCGUGGGGAGAGCGCAAGUCUGGCCUGUACGAUGCUGUCUUCAAUGUUCUUAACGGAAAACACAAGGAUCGGGUCUGGUUUACUGCCGAGGCAAUGGUUUAUAUCGUAUCGGAGGGCACACGCGACCUCAUAUGCGGCUUACUAGAUAAGCUCGGUGAGCGAGUAUCUAUCACCGAGGAAGUGAUCGAAGCAGCGCCCCACGUAACGAUCGUGCAACGUCUAUUGAAACAUACUCCAUCUGUCCAGGUAACCGAGAGAGCUGUGAUCCUGGCAGCCGAAAGAUGGUCUGGUGCAGAAAUCAUCAGAGCCUUCACUGAGCACAGCAACAAGUUACCGGUUACACCAGAAGCGAUUGAAGCAGCUGUCAAAGAUGUAUUUUUUAGCGAAAAGACAGUGAAAGCUUUGCUCGAGCGUUCUCCGUCGGUGGGAAUAACGGAAAAAGCAAUAGCGACAGUGACAGGCCCUGACUAUGUUGACAGCAGGAGUAUGUUUGAUAUAUUCAUUGCCGAGUGUAAAGGGGAGAUACGAUUGAACUUACAGAGGGGCACGGAAUAUUUGGUCGCGCGGCUUCUGUCGGGGGUCAUGGAGCUACCCUUGUUGGACCCCCGAUAGAGGAGGCCGUGCGACUUGCCAACCCUAACAUUGUGACUUUGAUACUAAAGAAUCAAGGAAAGCCCAAGAGCCUGUCU